AUGGAACCAGCUCUAAACAUGGUUCUGUGUGGGAGGAGAGGAGCAGGGAAGACCUCAGCAGCCAAGGCCAUUUUAGGUGAGACAGAGCUUCAUUCGGUCUCCAGCUCAGAGUGUGUUAAACAUCAGGGAGAGGUGUGUGGACGUUGGGUUUCCCUGGUGGAGCUGCCUGCAUUGAAUGGAAAACCUCAGGAGGAAGUGAUGGAGGAAUCAUUGAGGUGUAUCUCCCUCUGUGAUCCUGAGGGCGUCCAUGCCUUCAUCCUGGUCCUUCCUGUGGGUCCCCUCACUGAUGAAGACAAGGGAGAGUUGGAGACCAUCCAGAACACUUUCAGCUCUCGAGUCAAUGACUUCACCAUGAUUCUGUUCACUGAGUCAGAUCCUCCAGCUACAGAUGUUGUCAAUAAUUUAAGACAAAACAAAGACAUCCAGCAGUUCCUUCAGAGCUCUGGAGGAAAAUACAUUAUCCUCAACAUCAGGGACCAGAAGCAGAUCCCACAGCUGUUGGAUGCUGUGGAAAAACCAUGUUGCUAUACAACAGCAACAUUUGCAAAUUCCCAAAUAAAAAAGAUCAUACAACAAGAGAAAUGUAUCAACAUGCAACAAGCUGAACUUCAGAUGCUGAAAAAUAGCACUUGUCUCACAGGUGAUGAAGAGCAUCAGAGCCCAGAGUGUCUCAGGAUUGUGCUGAUAGGGAAGACCGGCUGUGGGAAGAGUUCCUCAGGAAACACCAUUCUAGGAAGAAAGGAGUUUAAAGCUGAAUCAAGUCAAAAAUCAGUUACUAAAGAGUGUCAGAAAGCUCAGAGUGAAGUGGACGGCCGUCCUGUUGUUGUAGUCGACACUCCUGGUCUGUUUGACACAAAUCUGUCUCAUGAGGAAGUUAAUGAAGAGAUGGUGAGAUGCAUCAGUCUUCUGGCUCCAGGACCACAUGUCUUCCUGUUGGUGAUAAAAAUUGACAGAUUCACAUCAGUGGACAAGGAGGCAUUGAAACUGAUCAAGGAAGGCUUUGGGAAGAAUGCUGAAAAGUUCACCAUCAUUCUUUUAACUGGAGGAGAUUCACUGGAACACGAGAAGAUUCCUGUUAAGAAUUACAUUCAAGAAAAAUCUGAUGAUUCCUUUAAGAAACUGAUUUCUGACUGUGGAGGAAGAUACCAUGUGUUCAAUAACUAUAAUGAACAAAACCACAAACAAGUCAGUGAGCUGGUGACAAAGAUCAACACCAUGGUGAAGGAGAAUGGAGGCAGCUGCUACACCAAUGAGAUGCUGCAAAAGGCCGAGGCAGCAAUACAGAAAGAAAUGGAGAAGAUCCUGAAGGAGAAGGAAGAAGAGAUGCAGAGAGAGAAGGAGGAACUACAGAGAAAACAUGAGAGAAAACUGCAAGAAAUGAAGAGAAGAAUGGAAGAACAGGGAGUGAAAAUUGAAAAUGAGAGGAAACAGAGAGAAAAACAACUUCAGGAAUACAUGAGCAACGAGCUUAACAAAAGAAAGAAAGAACAAGAAAGGAGAGAAAAAGAAGAAUUGGAGAGGAAAAGACAAGAAGAAUUACAGCGACUGGGGUGGCAAAAGAAAAUUGAAGCUAUGGAGAUUCAAAUUAAACAAGAAUCUGAAUCAAAAGAAACCAUAGACAGAGAGCUAAAGCAGAAAACAAAACUGAUGAAAGAAAAACAAGAGGCUUGGGAAAGAGAACGAAAAGAGUGGUGGGAGAAAAGAGAUCAGGAUAAUGAGAAAAGGCAACAGGAAGAAUGUACAAUAAUUAAAGGUCUAAAAGAAGAGCAAGAAAUCUAUGAAAAAAACAUAAAAGAACAGGACGUAAUCCAAAGAGAAAGGGAGGAAAAAGAGCAAAAGGAACUGGAGGAAAACUACAAGAAAUCCCUGGUGCGUAUUAAGGAGGAAUUUGAAGAGGAAGCCAGGAAGAAAGCGGAGGAAUUUAAUACAUAUGGAGAGAAAUGCAAGAAGGAGUUGAAAGAGCGUGAGGAAGAAAUAAAAGCAGAAAAAGAGCACUAUGAAAACUUGAAGGCUCAGUCUGCUCAGAGUGAAGAAAAAAUGUCGAAAAAACAUCAAGAACGAAUCAACGACUUGGUGAGAUGUGUCUCCAAAAAAAGAAAAAAUGUUAAAAAAAUCAGUGCCUUAUUGAAGAAGCAGGAACAAGAAAUGAAUAAUGUCGGAAAUCAGAUGGAAAAGGAAAACCUGCAGAAAACCCAUGACAAACAACUGAGUGAAUUGAUCAGGGAACUUCUGGAAGAUAAAUCACCAUGUCCCAUCUCAUGAAGCAUUUUAUUCCGUAGCAAUGCUAGUGGCUUGGCUCUAGGACAAUGAUAAUAUCACCAUAGUCCAGGCUGAAAUAUCUCAACAGCUACUUUGUGAAGUACCUAUAUGUUUUUUAUGGACAUUCAUGUUACUCAGAGGAUGAGUCCUACUGAAGAAGAAUUAGUCAUGCACUCUCAAAAAAGUACCUUGGGAAAUCUUUUUUUUUCUUCUGGAUUACAGUUGCAGUUUUGAACCUGGUUAUUUGUAACAAAAUUACUUGGGUUUUUUAAGUAACUUAAGUUACACAGGUAACAUAAGUUCAUCAAAUACAUACAAAAGUGUCGGUAAGGACUCUACAAUCAACUCUCUCCAGAAUCAUGUACUGCAUCUUGAAUUUACGUACUUAAGUUAUGUAAACCUAAAUUACAAACAUAAAAAGCCAUUGCUGAUAUUUAUUAACCAAUAGGACACAGUCAGCCAUCUUUUGGGGGAAAGUCCCAUGUGUGAUUGAUCCAACAACCCCAAACUUGGUUGUUUCUCAGUUGGUAGAGACAUCUUUUUCUGAUCUGAGGGUUGGUGGUUCGAUCCCUGACCAUGGCAGCCUACAUGUCGAAGUAUCCUUGAGCAAGAUACUGAACCCCAAAUUGCUCCUGAUGCUGCGUUCAAUGGUGUGAGAAUGAAUUCC